AAAAAAGGCUACUGUUACCCAAUUUCUAACAAUUAUCCAUUGUCCCCACCCACAAAAACUGACUCCAAUUUCCUUCCAGUUUCCUUCUCUCUCUCACUGUCCCCAUUUGUGGAAAAAUCAGUCUAAUGAGUUAGGGCUAUCGAUUUACCCUCCAAACUCGAUUAAUUUACACCCACAACCUACUUUCCUCCUCCUCGAUUCAGAUCUCCUAACAACCUAAACAUUGGACAGCCAAACCCCAUUAAGCUAAUCAAGUCUACUCUAUUUGGGAAUUUUGGCAGUUUCUUUGUACUGGUUUGGAGUAUACGCAAUUUGGGGGAACCCAUUUGGAUUUUUGGGGAAAUAUUCAUUUUAGGUAUGCCCGCGUGGGAAUUUUGGUGAAUUGAAGGUGAAGGAGUGUCAAGAUUGUGGUUUUUGUGGGGUAUUUUGUGGAGGUGGAAUGGCUGAGCUGGCAUUAACUCAAAGAAUGCCAAAUUCGGAUAUGGGGUUGAGGGAUGAGAGUUUAGUCAUUGGGCAAGAUUUUUCGGGUGUUGAUGCUUGUAGGAGGGAUAUGGUUGAGCAGGAUUUAACGUCAACUGCUACAAAUUUGGAUGUUGGAUUGCCAGACCAGCCUUUAGUUAUUGGACAAGAGUUCCCAGAUGUCGAUAGUUGUAGGAGGACUUUGAAGGACAUAGCUAUAGCAAUGCAUUUUGAAAUUCGGAUUGUUAAGUCAGAUAGGAGUAGGUUCAUAGCUAAGUGCUCCAAAGAGGGGUGUCCAUGGCGCGUUCAUGUGGCGAAAUGUCCUGGAGUUCCUAAAUUUACGGUUAGGACACUUCAUGGAGAGCAUACUUGUGAAGGAGUUCAAAGCCUCCACCAUCAACAGGCAUCUGUGGGAUGGGUUGCAAGGUCUGUGGAAGCUCGUGUUAGGGAUAAUCCUCAAUACAAGCCAAAGGAGAUUUUGCAAGAUAUUCGGGAUAAGCAUGGGGUUGCUGUGUCAUAUAUGCAAGCCUGGCGUGGAAAGGAGCGUAGCAUGGCUGCAUUACAUGGGACUUUUGAGGAAGGUUAUCGGCUUCUUCCAGCAUAUUGUGAACAGAUAAGAAGGACCAAUCCAGGGAGUAUUGCUUCAGUUGUUGCCACUGGACAAGAUAAUUGUUUCCAACGGCUCUUUGUUUCUUACCGUGCAGCAAUUUAUGGGUUUCUUAAUGCUUGUAGGCCGCUUUUAGAACUUGACAGAGUUCAUCUCAAAGGCAAGUACUUGGGUUCAAUAAUUUGUGCCGCUGCUGUGGAUGCUGAUGAUGCAUUGUUUCCAUUAGCAAUAGCUGUUGUUGAUUCAGAAAGUAAUGAAAAUUGGAUGUGGUUCAUGUCUGAACUCCGCAAACUUCUUGGAGUGAACACUGAUAGCAUGCCAAGACUUACAAUACUUUCUGAGAGAACGAUGGGGAUGGUAGAGGCAGUUGAGACACAUUUUCCAAAUGCUUUUCAUGGUUUUUGUCUGCGUUAUGUCAGUGAGAAUUUUCGUGAUACAUUCAAGAACUCUAAGCUGGUGAAUAUCUUCUGGAAUGCAGUUUAUGCACUUACAUCUGCUGAAUUCGAAAACAAAAUAGCUGAGAUGGUGGAUAUUUCACAAGAUGUUCUAGCAUGGUUUAACCAGUUUAACCCGCAGCUGUGGGCUGUGGCUUACUUUGAGGGAGUACGAUAUGGCCAUUUCACACUGGGAGUCACUGAGUUGUUGUAUAAUUGGGCACUGGAAUGUCAUGAGCUUCCCAUAGUACAAAUGAUGGAGCACAUUCGCCAUCAGAUGACAUCAUGGUUCGGUGAUCGUCGUAAUAUGGGCAUGAGGCUGACAUCAAUUCUUGUACCUUCUGCUGAAAAGAAGAUUGCAGAAGCAAUUGCAGAUGCUCGUUGCUACAAAGUUCUUCGUGCAAAUGAAGUUGAAUUUGAGAUUGUGUCAACUGAACGGACAAAUAUUGUGGACAUAAGAAGUCGUAUUUGUUCUUGUCGACGGUGGCAACUUUAUGGACUGCCAUGUGCACAUGCUGCUGCUGCGCUUAUCUCUUGUGGUCAGAAUGCUCAUUUAUUUGCGGAGCAUUGUUUUACUGUACACAGCUGCCGUGAAACUUAUUCACAGAUGAUAUAUCCUAUACCAGAUAGGAGCCUUUGGAAGGAGCCUGGUGAAGGAGCAGAGGGUGGAGGUGCCAAGGUGGAUAUUACUAUCCGUCCACCUAAGACUCGUAGGCCUCCUGGAAGGCCUAAAAAGAAGGUUCUCCGCAUAGAGAGUUUCAAACGUCCAAAGCGGGUUGUUCAAUGUGGUCGCUGCCAUAUGCUGGGACACUCUCAAAAAAAGUGCACAUUGCCAACAUGAUCCUUUAGUUCUCCAUUUUAUCUUUUCCUUUUUUUUUUUCCUUUUUUGCCAUUCUUUUUUAUUAUGAAGUUUCCAUGUGAAGUGUUCUGUCCUUGUAAGAUUGACGUACUUCUUCAGCAAAUUAGUUACUAAGCAGGCACAUGGCUUCCAUGCUGUAGUUUCACUUGUUCCUUGCAUGUAUUGCAGCAGCAAGUGAUGUUCCCUUGUACUAGACUAAUUAACUUCUCCCUUAACUGUAUCAAAAAUAUUCUGUCUGCCCUUAUCCUGUAAAUGUUGUAAUGUAACUGACUGUAUAGGCUAGCAAAUUUCAUUCAAGUUUCUUUAGCAUGGAGAGUUGUUACAUACAUGCAUUUAUGUGUUUUUAUCAUUGCUGUGGUCCUCUAAGUAAGUCAGUUACUGAUUGGUACUCUGUUCAUAUUUAACUUUCUCUCUGUUGUUAUUUGUUUUGUGGCUAUGUGCCUAAUUUUGCCUUACAAUUAUGAUUGAAGGACAAGCGAACUCAUGAUAGCUAUUCUUUAAUAUUUUCUAAAGGAAUGUGAUGUAUAUUUCCUGUCAUCAACAAAAGCUGGAAUUAUUUUGACAAUCCACAUCUUAAGUUGUUUCUGUGGAGUAUCUUGCUCUCCAUUCAUAUAGGUAAAAUUGUGAUGGUUCUUGUGGUUCUGUGUAUUGGCUGGCACAUUUACACCUGCCAAAUUCUUCAGCUGCUUUAUGUGGAUUGUAGAUGAUGAUGAAGCAGGAAUGCUUGAUUGCUUGAAAUGAGUUCUCUAGGUGCAAACUUUUGAAAAGAAGAAAUAAAAAAUAUGCGGAUGCUUUUAUCUUUGUUGAUCUCUUUGUGUUUGUUUUUCCUAUUAAUGACAUUCCCCAUAUACAGUCUUCUAUUGGUUCGCUCUUAACUGAUGCAAAACUUGUGCAAUCACUAUCAGAGUUUUUUGUGGCCAAUGUAGAGCAUUGCUCUGGAGUGCCACCAAUGAAUUUCUGGAAGUUGGACUGUUUUAUUCUCUUCUUGCCAUGCAAUGUGAGUGUGACCAUUGUAUUGGCUCAUUUAUGCAUGUUACAUUUGUCAACUGCUUUGUGCGCAUUGUAGAUGGCAAAGGACCAGGGAUGCUUGAUUGCUUGAAAUGAGCUCUAAAGGUGAAAUGAGCUCUCAAGUUGCAACAUACAAAGCUCGUGUAUUUUGUGGCCAAUAUAGAGGAUUGCUCUUGAGUGCCAGCAAUGAAGUCCUGCAAGUUGCUUCGUUCUACUUUCGUCUUGCCAUGCUACGCGAGAUACAGAAGUAUCAAUAACAGAUUCUCUUCUUCUGUUUGACAUACUUUUACAUACCAACUUUGAAACAAAUUGCUUCUUGAAAAUAAAGCCUGGUUGCUUGCGAUGCAUCAAUUAUUGCUAGAGAUAUUCCUCUACUAAAUUUCUUUUCAUGCCACUUUAAAAUGUGAUCUUAUGGAAAGAAAAUUGUUUUACUUUGUGAUGCAGCUAAUUGUACAAGUUAUACUGUGGAGGCUAGCUCACUUUGGCUGUCAAUUGUAGAUAAUUGAUCUAUGAUUUGUUCUCUGAUAUCUGAUUUUUACUUCCUUUCCUUCUCUUGCAUUAUUUUAUUGUUGCAGUACCCUUUUAGAUUAGCCCUAAUGUUUGGAACUUACCACUUAGAUCUAGAGCUGUAUGUUAGGCUGCUUAAGGGUUCAAUUUGGAGCCCAACUCCCAAAUACUUAAAUCUAAGUGAUUUAUGCAUGGUCUGGCUUCAAUUCAUAGUUUGGAUGAUGGCCCAGUCUCUCUAAGUCAUUAUUGCAAGGAUAAAGACAGCUGCUUUCCAGUCGUUACAAGUCAUUACUCUAUGAGAAUGAGCACCUUAAAUAUCAUGCUUAAAAGUUAUAGAAUCAAAGCCGAGUUUAGCAUAGCAGGACAGUUGAGGACUUAAUGGCAAACAAUUAACUGAAAGAUAGGAGAGAAGGUUAAGUACUUAUUUAUUCUUUUUUUGGGGGCGGGGGAUGGGGGUUGGUACUGCUGGGGGGCUAGUGUAGUACCAUCUUAGCAAAGAGGUCCUUACAUUUUGUGUCAUUAUUGACUGAACCCAAAUAGUUCUAAAGAAUGUUGAGAAAAUGCUGAUCCAAUGUGACAGCACAAAAGAAUGUAAUUUGCUUUCAGUUCCUUGUUUAUGCAUAUUAAGCAACUAACUGAUCUACAUCUUCCUUUAUUUACAUAGAUUGUCACCUGUUAGAAUGCUUUCAUGGGCAGUUUCCCUAGCAAACAAAUCCGCCCACUUAGGUUUAGCAGCUUUCAAAUCAUCUUCUGAGGGAACUGUAGUACUUUACCAUUUCUAAUUUGCAAAAUGAUUCCCUUUUGCUUUUUCACUCAAAGAACGGUACUAAUCUGCAGUUUCUCUAUACUGUAGUUUACAGAUCUGCCAGAAAACAGUGCAGAUAUAGUUUUGCUGCCAUUCCUGAAUUGCCAGCCCGAAGGUAGGUUGCCAACUCACUCCUGUAUCACUUUUCAUAAUUCCAGUCUUUCACCAUGUUAUUCUCAUUGACUGUGAUUUAUGGGAGAAAGAGUUGGAAGUAGAGAAAGUUGACUUUAGAGCCAUAAUAAACAAGAUGUGGUUGCUUACCAGGAAACAGCCCUUGUUACGAGUUCCUUUAUGUUUAUGAAAUGUUAAUUUAGUUUUCUAUGAAGUUGUAGACUGAGUAUCAGGUUCUCUACUUGACCUUUUGAUUGAAGGAAUAGUUUCAAACAAUUUGAGAUGACUCAUCCACACUUAUGACAAUAGUGGAAGCUUUUGGAGUUGAAGUAAAUUCUCUAUGUUUUUUUAAGAUACUUAGUAGACUCCCAUGAACUGGUGGUUUCUGCAUGAUUUGAUGAUCUCAAUCAAGUUUGACCUUAUUUAGCUCUUCCUGGGGUACCAGAGAUAGUGAAAGAUCAAAGAUCAUUGCUACUGAUGAAAAUGGAAAUUGAGUAUGGUGAUAUCUGGGUAGGAAAAAUAAGUGUUGGUUAGGGGAGAGAUGGUUCUAGUGUCAUCACUGACAAACUGUAUGGUGGACGUGGUAGUGAAGAUUAUGUCACAGGGUCAGUAUCUGGAAUUGAACUAUGUAAUUUUGACUUACUAUUUUGGAUGGUAAUAUUGACUAUUUGACUCGAACCAUCGGCCUGACGUUUAGGGGUUAAGAUUGUGGAACUGAAUUUGAUUGCUAAGUACAAUGUCUUUUUGAUUUAGUGUUUUGCUGUGGAGUCGUACUACUGGGUUGAUUUUUUAUGAGUUUAAGAUUGUGGAACUGGAUAUGAUUAAUUAGGUAGAAAGAGUACCUGGUACUUUACAUGCGUGAACACCUUCAUUGAAGCUUUGGAGUAGACUAGUGCAUAGAAAUGUGUGCAUACUGACAUCAGCUUGUUUAUGGUGCAGUGUCGGCAACUGCAAGUGCAAAAGUCCAGCUCUUUUAAUUCCGGUAAAACAGUAAUAAAACAAGAUGUCACAUGUAUUUCGAUACUAAAGAUAUAUAAAAAACUAAAGCAGAAAAGAGACAAAUUUUGACGGUAAUAAACAUGCUUUGCUGUAUUUAUUUCUUUGGUGAUAAGCAGUAAAAAAGUGUUUUUAGGUCAACAUUUAAUUGGUGGAGAAGGUAUGAAAGUUGAUAUGUUGGAGCUGCAAAAAUCAGUUGUUUUUUCUGUAGUAAAAUAAUUUCAUGUAACCUUUGGCCCAAUAAGACAUGCAAUUGCUCUGUAGAGGUAAAACAGUUUCGUUCUUUUGUUUUCAAAUAAGAUUUGCCUUUGCUUUAUGUUCAUCUUAGUCUCUUUCGUCAGCUCUAUCUGUUAUCUUAACUUCCAGUCUAAAGCACUAGAAAUCAUUUUGAGAUUCAAAGUGGAUGUGGCAAUCCUUAAGCGAGGCUUUCCGUUACUUGAAACUGCUCAUUUUCAUUAAUUCCUAAGUCAGCUGUUACAUUGUUUCUUUUCCAGAGUCCGAACUGCAUAAGCCUUGUUCACACUGCAUUCUGGAUUUGCUAUCUUCCCUUUGUUCAUGACAUGAUAAUUGCUAUAUAUAUAUAUGGUUCGUCUUAAGGAUAGGCUGUGUUUUGUGGGAAACAGUCACCUUCUCUGGCAAAAGACAUGGAGGACUCCAAGUCUACCAUGGAGAAUUCCAAGUCUACCAUGGAGAAACGGGUUUUGACACUACAAGAGAGAAAGCAACAAGCAGAUAAGGAACAAGAGGCAGUGGAGAAGGAAGUGCAGGAACUUUUGACUUGGACAGAUAUGAUCGAAGGCAUGGAUGAGUCUCAACUGAAAACAUAUGUCAAGAACAGGCCGAAACACCUGAAGACUGCAAAAUGGGAAAAACUUGGAAAGAGCAGAAGGUUUAAAGGGAUGGAAAAAUGUAAAAGAUCUGUCAGUAGUGGAAUAAUGGCCACUGUUUGGAAGUUUCACAAAGAAGGGGAUGGCGGUUCUAUCUAGUCUCUGUUUACUUCAACAAUGUGGCUCUAUUUUCAUCUUCUUCGUGUGUGUAUUUUGUGUGCGCGCCCGUGCGUGCGUGCGUGCGGGCGUAUGUUAAGGCUAAGAGAGGCAAUUAGUACAUCUUGCAAGUAUAUACCUACCAUAAAAUAUGUGUCUGAUAUUCAUAUCUCCUCUGUACAUGGUUCAUUGUUGUCAUCGAACUGCAAACUUGUUAUUAUCUCUGCAUUAUUGGCUCA